UUACAACUCACAUGCCACAACUCAAAAUGUUAUGUUUUCAUAAAAUUUGACUUUAUUAUGGUUGCAAUCUGAAUUUAAACGUGAAAUUGAUAAUUUAUUACCAAACUGAAUAAUGCCUUUGAACUGUGCCCGAUGUAAAGCUGCUAGAGCAAUUUUAAAACGCCCCAAAACCAGAGAUGCACUGUGCAAAGAAUGUUUCUUCCAUUGUUUUGAAAAUGAAAUUCACAAUACAAUUGUCGAAGGUAAUUUAUUUAAACCAGGAGACAAAGUUGCCAUUGGAGCCAGCGGAGGAAAAGAUUCAACAGUCCUGGCUUACAUUAUGAAACUCUUGAAUGAAAGACACAACUAUCGUCUUAAUUUAGUUUUGUUAUCUAUUGAUGAAGGUAUAACCGGCUACCGAGAUGAUUCUUUGGAGACUGUUAAACAAAACCAGAAAGAUUAUGCCUUACCUUUAACUAUUUUAUCAUAUAAAGAUCUAUAUGGUUGGUCAAUGGAUGAUAUUGUUCGACAAAUUGGGAAGAAAAACAAUUGUACAUUUUGUGGUGUUUUUCGCCGUCAAGCUCUUGAUCGUGGUGCAAUCAAACUAGGUUGUAAUUUAAUUGUCACUGGACAUAAUGCAGACGAUAUAGCUGAAACCAUUUUAAUGAAUGUUCUUCGAGGUGAUAUUGCUAGGUUAAAACGUUGCACUGCGAUAAAGACAGGAUCUGGUGAUAAUCCAGAAGAAAAUGUAGUUCCAAGAUGUAAACCAUUCAAAUACACCUACGAGAAAGAAAUCGUUAUGUAUGCAUACUUCAAAAAGCUGCACUAUUUUUCUACUGAGUGUAUCUACGCACCCAAUGCUUAUCGGGGACAUGUUAGGAGUUAUCUUAAAGACUUGGAAUCUAUUCGUUCAUCUGCCAUUUUGGAUAUAAUACAUUCAGGUGAAGUGCUGGCAGUCGAUGAAGGUAUAAAAUUACCUGUCUUAGGAGCCUGUGAGAGAUGUUCAUAUAUUUCAAGUCAAAGGAUAUGUAAGGCUUGUGUGAUGUUGGAAGGUUUGAGCAAAGGUUUACCUAAAUUAGGUAUUGUCAAAAGUAGUAAAGUGAAGAUGAUAAAAAGAGAAGCAAUAACUGAUGGAAAGAAAUGUGAUGAAAAAUGUUGCUCAUUUACUUGCAAAAGUGAAACAGAUAAUAAAACAAACUGCAAAAGUUGAUUGAUUACAAAAAAUAUUCCAUCGAAUCGUAAUUUCAACAGAAAAGUUGUUCAAAAUAUGUUUUGUUUUUUCUUUUUACCAUAUCGGCCGCAAUGUCCAGUAUUUUUGGGUCCAAAUAUACAUAGUCUCUAAAAUGGACCAAACGAAAUGUAUAAUUUGAUGUGAAACAUGUAAAUUCAUAAUACAACUAAGUGAUCAAUA